CUUCGUGGUCAGCCUGUUGUGUUCACAUGUUCCGUUAUUCCUUUUUGCUUUUUUUUCUGCUCCCCCUCACUGAGCCACUUGAGCCCAGAACAGAUGGAAAGAUUGUAGUGGGGGAGAAAGUGCAGUAGAGACAAAGAGAAGGAAGUGGAGGAAGCCAUGCAGAGAGUGAAACAGCCCAGCAACGAUGCUUGAUGCGUUCUAUCACUAACCACCAGAAAUUAUUUCCUACACUUUGACUGAUCCUCAGAGGGACCGAGGAUUCGGACAGAACUGCCUUGAGGAGGAGACGACAACUCACUGUCCCAGCUGAAGGGCAAAAAAACAAGCCAGGACGUGGAGAAGGAAAAGAAAGAGACAGGGUGAAAGAGAACUCUACAAAUGUGAGUUUCUAGCAAAGAGACUGAAGGAGAUGCUCAGAGGGACCAGAUAGUGAAGAGAAAAGUAAAGCGAGCAACAGGUGUGCCCACAAAGACUCAUCAAAAAGACGGGCAACACGCCAGAUUUCCCUGUUUAGAAGCGAUUGCAAGGAAAGCAGAGUGAAAAAGAGCCAGAGCAGCUAGACAGAGGUCCAGAGCUACAGUGAUAUGGCCAACUCAGGUCUCCAGUUGUUAGGGUAUUUUCUGGCGUUGGGCGGCUGGAUUGGCAUCAUCUCCACCACUGCGCUGCCGCAAUGGAAGCAGUCAUCCUACGCUGGAGAUGCUAUUAUUACAGCCGUAGGCCUGUAUGAGGGGCUGUGGAUGAGCUGCGCCUCGCAGAGUACGGGACAGGUGCAGUGCAAGAUCUUUGACUCCAUGCUCUCGCUUGACAUCCACAUCCAGACAUGCCGCGCUCUCAUGGUGGUGUCAGUACUGCUGGGCUUUAUUGGCAUCAUUGUCAGUGUCGUGGGCAUGAAGUGCACCAAGGUGGGCGAUAACAACCCAUCCACCAAGACCCGCAUCGCCGUGACGGGAGGGACUCUCUUCCUGCUCGCAGGUCUCUGCACACUGGUGUCUGUGUCCUGGUAUGCCACACAAGUUUCCUAUCAGUUCUUCAACCCAAAUACACCUCCCAACGCCAGGUAUGAGUUUGGCUCCGCCUUGUUCGUGGGAUGGGCGGCGGCCAGUCUGACGGUCCUGGGCGGCGCCUUGCUGUGCUGCUCCUGCUCCAAAGAUGACAUGCGAGGACAGCAGUAUUACCGCCAGUCCCAGCCCUCCACAGCCAGGGAGGCAGACUUGUUGAGUGAAACUAGUUUCCCUGACUGAUCAGCCCCCGCCUUUUUAUCGAGGACUGUGCAACUGUCCAACCACUGAACCCCCUCCCCGCCCCUUCUUUUUUUCCCCCUGUUUUUACCUCUUUGACCCCAAAUUUGGACCAUGUAGUCGACGAUUCAGUUUCUCUCAUUACUACGUGUGAACCUUAUCAAUUUCAAUGGAAACCGAGAUGUACUGUCUUCAUUUCCCCAACGGUCUGAGCCUUUUCUGUAAAUAUGGAAACUUAAGAGAUUGAUCAGACUUUUUUCUUACAAAAAAAGAGGCGUUAGCCUACGAUUUUACCUCCCGUACCUCCUGUUCUUCUCUCAUUGGCUGCAAGUUAACAGUGAAAUUGACACAUAUGGGUUUCUUGUGCUGAUUUACAGUUUGACUUAUAUCACUUAUUUCACUUAUAUCCUAUGACCUCUGGGUGUUGUAAAUGUAUGUUUUGGUUUAUUUUGUUUGCUGUGACUGAAACAUGUCUUUUUUUCCCUUUUGAAUUGCAGACCAAAUGUUAAAAGUACCCCACCAGAGAAAAGGGAGCAGUACUUGUAGUUUGGGAGAAUCUUCUGGCCUUGCCAUGGUUUAGAUUCUGUCAACAGGCAAAACCCUCUCACUGAGGAAUUCAAAACAGACAAGAAUUAAUUUCCUAAAUGCUUGAAAGGUCCUUUCAAGCAGUUGCAGCAACAUAAAUUUGAGAUUUCUUUUUUUUUUUUUUUUGGAUGUUCCAAGAAAAUGUUUGGGGAGGUUUUCUGAAUUUCAUGUUUGAUGUGGGGGUUAAGAGAGACGACAUCCUUGUCUGUAUUGUUGACUUUGGGAGAGACAGUUAUUCAGGGUAUGUUUUCUAUAACAUUUUAAAAUGCCUGGGUGUAUAUACCAUCUAUUUCUUUUUUUAUUUACUACAAAUAUACUGUCUUACUACAGUGCCUUAUAACAUGUCUGUGCACAUGUAAGUAUGUUUGACGUCAUCCCCGUCUGGGGGAUAUGUGUUCACAGCUCCCUGCCAGCAGUUCCUGUAUUUUCUAUGGUUGGAUUUCUGAAAAUGAAUGUGACGCUACUCUAGGGUACCACUUACGAUAAAACACAUAUACACACACAGAUUGUCAAUGUGCCAAUGUUUUUAGGAAACAGUGAGUCUGUUUCCGCGUAGCCUGGACUGAGGAUAUACCAGUUACAUUCAUGACGUUUAAGUGCCAAUACGAUGUACCGUUAGUGUGCAGUCUUCUAAACUAAGGAAUACUAGUGUGCUGAAAUGCCUUUCUGAUGCCUGCAUUUAUUUACCAUGCCAUUCUUUGUCUAAUAUUUACCUCCUCCAUGAUGUGUAUUAUCUUAUUCACCGUAUACCCUUGUCUGUUUCAUUUAGAAUGAAGUAAACAGUGACAUAAAAUUCA